AUGGGAUCUUCAAGACCUCCAGACAGAUCUCUAGGCAGUGGAAUAUCAUUUCCACAGUGGAUGAAAGGAAAAGUUGAUAGUAGGCAAGUCGUCUUUUUAUUUUAUAGGUUCGACUUCGACCAAAGUACAUUCAGUCCACCGUCUCACGACGACAGUUUUUUCUACAUAAGCUACAACAAAUUGGGAUCCAGACAAUCGACCUCGUCUUCAACAGCUGAACCUAAGGAAGGCUUUCAGUCUAUUAAUUCUGUUUUGAGUGAAAAUCCAGUUGUCGUUAAAGCAGCGGCAAAUAUUCCGGUUAAGAAUGCCAACAUUGACCUGAGCAAGCAUCCAAUCGCCUGUCAACACGUAGCAAACCGCAUAAUGUCAUCUUCAUCAUCACUGACUCGAAAAAUCACCAACGACCCGAGUCACGACGACGCGGGUAAUUUUGCUAGCAUUCGCGCGUCAGCUGGUGAGAUCACGAAAAGACGUGGCAGCAGAUCUCUGCCAGUGAGUCCUAUAAGUUCUCCGAUUUCAACUCCAGACAGUUCUCCCAAGUCUCGAAGACGAGUUAUUCAGAAUAGAUUCUUCACUGGUGGCUUGGUUGAAAAGCCGCCGACCAAUCACGGCUGGUUCUUGUCCAGUAUCUUGAACCAGUCCCGAGAUAUUCUUGGUCAGAAUAGAAUCAAUGAGGAAGAGGAGGAAGUUGGUGAGACUAGUAUCGCUAAAUCACCACCGAUCAGGUCUUUGAGCAGAAAGAAGUCAAUUUCUUCUCAAAAUCUUACAUACUUGGGCACCAUUUCUGCUGAAGAGAGUAAAAAAGGAAGGGAUGCUGAGGGAUCUUCGGUUAUGGCCAUUAUUAUUAUUAUUAUUAAUCUUCUGUCUUCACUUGAAUUCAAAUUUAAAUAUUAA